CCAGCGGCCAAAAUUUUAAAAUUUUGAAAGUAGAUCUAAACUAAAAAUCUGUUUACGUAAAACUUAUCUCAUUUAACCAAGACUUUAACUCUUAUAGUUACCGAUAUUCUAAAUAAAUUGAGCUAAACUAGCAGUAAACCUUUUUAUUUUUUUUUUGUACAAAUAACUACCGAGUAUUGCUAAUUCUAUUAAAAUACUUAUGGUUCUCUUAUCGCCUUGCAUAAACUCGUCUUACAUGAUACCAAUUUAUUACAAUAAAAGUAUGGAUAUGAAAGCUGUUUUGUGAAAUAGUCGAUAGUUUCGACAGAAAAUGUGAGAUAUAAAAUGCGUAAGGUCUAUUAAAUUAGGAAUGGUCCAUGUGUCACUUAUAUGAAGUUAACGUAUUUUUUGCACUUUCUUACAAAUGAACAGUCUACUUUGUUAUGUAGUUUUUUGUAGAAUAUAAUUUUUUUUAAGCUUUAUUACAUAUCGACAUGAAAUUAAGACACAAAGUUAUUGAAUGCUAGUACUUACUAGCUAGUUCUAUAAAAAGAAAAAUGUUCUAUUGUGUAAUUAUUUUCAAAACAAAUUUUUAUUUCGCAGGAACUGUAGCAAGGUGUGAUAAUUCACGUUCCUCAAAGAGCAGUAAUAUCCAAGAACAAAGAGAUAGUUGUCUUUUUGUGCAAGAAUGGCUUAAUAAAAUGGAAGAUCCAAUAUCAUCACCAUCUGAACCUUCAGGUUCCAAAAUUAAUAUUUUGUCAAAUGUGCUAAUUUCUGAAUCAAAUGAUGAAUAUUCAAAAAUAAAUGAAGAUGUGUAUUCCUUCUCUCCAGAUGCUGAAUUUAUGGAACAUUUUCAAACAAUAAAGAUGUCUCAAUGCAAAAAUGUGGUUAACUUUGAUAAAGAGGAUAAUAAUUCAGAAAUUGCAGAUAAGAAAUCAUUUACAACCAUGAUUAGCUCAUCUGUUGAAAACAAUUCUAUCAAAGAUCCGUGUUUCGUUCCUUCAGAAAGUGACCAUGAACAGGAACCAUCUGAAACAUCCAAAAUGGAUACAGAAACUAAAUCGAUAAGUAUUCCGAUAAUUACAACUCCAAAUAACAUUUCUUUGAAAAAACAGUUACAUCAGGUGAAUCUAAAUCAAAAUGAAAAACUUGAAUCAGUGGAGACUGUGAAAAACAAAAACUAUAAAGAUAAACUAAGUUACUGUUUUUAUUGUGACAAAGAUGUGUCUCAUUUUUCACGACACUUAAUAACUUGGCACGCUGCUGAAAGCAAUGUGCAAAAAUUUUUAGCUUUACCUCCAAAGUCUAGAAAAAGACGUGAAAUUAUUUGCACAUUAAAAAAAAAGGGUAAUUUUAUUCGUAAUAGAUCACAAGAAGCUAUAAGACCUGUAAAACGAGUAAAUGCUAACGAUGCUUCUGAAAAAGAAGAUUUUUUACCAUGUCCCUAUUGUCUGGGAUUCUAUAAACGAAAAUGUUUAUACCGCCAUACAAAAAAAUGUUCGGAGAAUUCCAAACCUAGUACUUCUAGGCAAGCGGCUCAAAGUGAAGGACAAAUAACAUUGUUGUUAGGCAAAUUUUCUAAAUUUGAUGAGCUAUUAAAUAAGGAACUUUUUCCACGAAUGAGAGCAGACAAAAUUAAUUUAAUUGCAAAAAAAGAUUUGUUAAUAUGUCAGUAUGCGUAUUCAUAUAUAAAAGGUCGCAAAAGCAAGGGCAAUUUAGAUUUUGUACGCCAAAGCGUCCGGCGUUUGGCAAAACUCCUGGAUUAUUGCAAGCAACAAGAUGGCAAAAUAAAACAACUCUUAGAUGUCUUGAAACCUACUAACUUUACACUAAUUUUAAAUGGGGUAAAUAAAAUUGCAGCCUUUAAUUCAGAUAAAGAUUUAUAUGAGUCACCUGUGCUGGCAAUGAAUUUUGGCACACUUCUAAAGAAAUGUUGCGACCUAGCAUAUACUCACCUAAUACAGGUAGAAAACACGAACCAAGAAAGAAAGGACAUCAAAAUUUUAAAAACAUUGAUAGAAUCGCAGUGGGCAGAUGAAGUAUCAGCACAGGCUGCUGCGAAUCUCAAUGAAAAUAAGUUUAAUAAAAAUGAACUGUUGCCUCUUACAAAUGACUUAAAACUGUUGAGUUUAUAUUUAGAUAAAUCAGCGGCUGAAGCUUUCAAUGGUCUUCAAUUAAAUAAAGAUAUUCAUAAUUACAAUACUCUAAAGGAUGUCAUAUAUUGUCAAAUAAUUCUGUUGAAUAGAAGACGACCUGCUGAGGUCGCUCAAUUAAAAGUAAAUACAUUUAAUGCAAUUCAUGGUAGUAACAAUGAAGGUAAUACUGAAUUUCAAAACUGCCUUACUGAAGCAGAAAAGAUUUUACUCAACUCCUACACAAGAAUUGUUAUUCGUGGAAAAAGGGGUCGGGGUGUUCCAGUUUUGCUGUCUCCGCUCAUGCUAAAACAUUUCAACUACAUGCUUUCAGUAAGAGAAACAUUUGUACAAGAAAAUCCAUAUGUGUUUCACACCAGUGGAAAAGGUUUUAUAGAUGGAACCAAAAUCUUGUACAAAUAUGCUUUAAAAUGUGGAGUGCAAAAACCUAAAAGUAUAAGCGCAACAAAAUUAAGAAAGCAUCUAGCUACCAUUACGCAAUUACUCCAGUUUAGCGAAAAAGAUCUAGAACAACUGUCCCAGUUUAUGGGUCAUACUCUAAAAACACACUGCGAUGUGUAUCGGCUACCGGACAAUAUGUUCCAAACUGCGAAAGUAUCAAAACUGUUACUGUUGAUGAAAGAAGGUGGAAUUGAACAGUACAAAGGGAAGAACUUAGAUGAAAUUGAUGUGAAUUUGGAUGCACUUGUUGAGGAAGAACCACAAGAUAUAAUUGGUAAAAAUAUGGAAUGUGACGAAGAAGAUAUAGAAAAUGAAGUGCCGUCAACCUUGUGUAUACCAGAAAGAAAGAAACUUUGUAAACCAAAUAAAUCUGCAGUUAGAAACACUUGGACUAUCAAACAGAAGCAAAUAUUAGCGGAAGUUUUUGAUGAACAUAUUAGAAAAAAACGAGCCCCAAAAGAAUAUGAAGUACAAGAAUUGAUUGAAAAAUACCCUGAAGAAUUCGGCAAUAAAAAGUGGACUAGUAUAAAAGCUGUAAUAUUCAACAUCGAUGUCGAAGACGAUAGUUUUGAAUUAACUAAUAGUGAAGAUAGUUAUAAACCAUCCAGCACCGACUUAGAAGAAUCUUCAGAAUUCGAAGGGGAACCGACUGAAGAAUUAAGAAGGGAGCGUGAUUUAGAUGUAGAUGCUAAUGCUGCCGAACCUGUCCAAGAAAAUGUAGCUGAAAAUCUCACUGAAAAAAAAAAAGAUUCAAACUCAUGGAAGAUCAAUUUGCAUAAAAAUUUAAGAUGA